UUUUAUUAAUGGUUUAAGCCAUUUUUAUUAAUGGUUUUUCCCCUCUAAAAUACAUCAUACAUCGUACAAGACGUGUCGUUUGCCGUUGAAACCGCGAAAAUUCCCUCUUUUCUCUCUUUCUCUUUCACACGUCUUUGUUUUACAAAGCGGCUUCGAUUUAUUUUUGUGUUUGUUUCUUCCCCUUUCCCUCUUCUCUGUUUUCACCGACCCUUGUUUUCUAUCUGGGUCGGCAAAUGGUUUUCAAUUAGUGUUUCUGUGUUGUUUCUUCAUUGUUGCUUUCUCUCGAAGCUAGCUCAACCCGAGAUGGAUCUGAGAGAAAGUUUGGUACUUCUUCUUGUGGGGUCGUUCGUCGUGCAAUUUUGUUGCAAUGCCAAUGCGAAUUUGGUGUUCCCCGUUGAGCGCAAAUUCAAAGGUCCCGUUGAAAACCUCGCUGCUAUCAAAGCUCAUGAUGCUGGUCGCCGAGGUAGAUUUCUCUCUGUCGUUGAUGUCGCUCUUGGUGGCAAUGGCCGUCCUACUUCAAAUGGGCUGUAUUAUACCAAAAUUGGGCUUGGCCCAAAGGACUACUAUGUGCAAGUUGAUACAGGAAGUGACACUCUGUGGGUGAAUUGUGUUGGCUGCACAGCAUGUCCCAAGAAAAGUGGUCUUGGGAUGGACUUGACCCUCUAUGACCCUAACUUAUCCAAAACUUCAAAGGCGGUUCCUUGUGACGAUGAAUUUUGCACUUCCACAUAUGAUGGUCAAAUUUCUGGCUGCACAAAAGGCAUGUCCUGCCCAUACAGCAUAACUUAUGGAGAUGGAAGUACGACCUCUGGGUCCUAUAUUAAGGAUGAUCUUACAUUUGAUCGAGUUGUUGGUGAUCUCCGUACUGUGCCUGAUAAUACCAGUGUGAUUUUUGGGUGUGGUUCUAAACAAUCUGGGACAUUGAGUUCAACUACUGAUACAUCCCUUGAUGGAAUAAUUGGUUUUGGACAAGCAAAUUCUUCUGUGCUUUCACAGCUUGCUGCAGCUGGAAAGGUGAAAAGGAUAUUUUCACACUGCCUUGACAGCAUUAGUGGAGGAGGAAUAUUUGCCAUAGGGGAAGUGGUGCAGCCAAAAGUUAAGACAACUCCAUUGUUACAAGGAAUGGCACACUACAAUGUGGUUUUGAAGGACAUAGAGGUUGCUGGGGACCCUAUACAGCUCCCCUCAGAUAUAUUGGAUUCUUCAAGUGGGAGGGGAACAAUAAUAGAUAGUGGUACAACCUUGGCUUAUCUUCCAGUCUCAAUUUAUGACCAGCUAUUGGAGAAGAUUUUGGCUCAGAGGAGUGGAAUGAAAUUAUAUCUUGUUGAGGAUCAGUUUACUUGUUUCCAUUAUUCUGAUGAAGAAAGUGUUGAUGAUUUAUUUCCAACUGUAAAGUUUACCUUUGAGGAGGGGCUUACUCUGACAACUUAUCCUCGCGAUUACCUAUUCCUGUUUAAAAAGGACAUGUGGUGUGUUGGCUGGCAAAAAAGUAUGGCACAAACUAAGGAUGGAAAGGAACUAAUUCUUCUUGGAGAUUUGGUGCUGGCAAACAAAUUAGUCGUAUAUGAUCUUGACAAUAUGGCCAUUGGAUGGGCUGAUUACAAUUGCUCUUCAAGCAUCAAAGUGAAGGAUGACAAGACUGGAUCUGUAUAUACAAUGGGUGCACACGAUCUUUCUUCAGCUUCUACCGUGCUAAUUGGAAAAAUAUUAACGUUCUUUGUGUUGCUUAUUACCAUGCUAAGCACUUAACUGAUAUCGAGAGAUGGCAUUUAUUUCAUUUCGUUGUAACAUAAUUCCUUCAUUCCUUGAAUGGUGGUGAGCUUGAUGUGAAUAAAUUAACCAUUUCUCGUCGUGUUCAUAGAAAUAUAGAAGUGAGAAAGGGAAGAGUUUUCAAAGUUCUUUUCAAUUUCCUCCUUCCUGUAUAAUGUUUUAAAUGGGGAAGGCAAAAUAUUCUAAUGGAUGCGAUAUCAUUUUUUUAUUA